GACAACACAGCAUUGGGUAAGUUCGAGUCCAGAGGCAGAGCCUCUGUGAUGUCCAGUACAACAAGUAGCUCAUCAUUCGGUUACCAGGUCCUAUACCGUAGCGGGAGAGGACAUGGAGAGGGGAGGGGAGCAGCCGAAGUCGAGCUAAAAGCCGUCGUUUUGGACGGAGACCCGGGCAUAGAGUCGGAAUCGGAGGCCGAGAGGGAGGAUGGCGGGGGAAAGAGGGGACCGGAGGACGCCCAGAGCCUCAUCGGAGAGGAGCCGGAGAUAGACGAGGCCGGAGAGGCCAGGGACUACGAGGUGGCGCUCAAGCACGCCGGGUUUGGGCUCUUCCACGUGAUCCUCAUGUGUAUGAACGGCGUGGCUCUGGCCUCGGACGCCGUGGAGGUGAGAGGGACGCGUCUCGGGGAGGUUUCACACGAGAGAGGGCCUGUAUUCAGGGGGAGAGGAAUGUGAAACUCCAGCAAACUUGACACGAGGCCCCUCCAAUCUAUCUUCUUUCGUGCCAGUAUAAUAUACUAUAUCGCCAUACUAACACCAACGUGCUGGCUAUUCUGUUCCUCACAGUUGCUGUCGCUGGCAUUUGUACUCCCGAUCUUCCAGCGGGAGGGGUUUGCCACUUCCGAUGCACAGAACGCUCUCCUCAGUUCCGUCAUCUUCAUGGGAAUGUUGUGUGGGAGCUACACGUGGGGAGGGUUUGCCGAUGUCCUCGGUCGGAGGUUCGUCCUCAUCGGAUCUCUCACCGUGAACGGGCUAUUCGGAGCCAUCUCUGCCUUCUCCCCCAACAUCUCCGUCUUUAUUGUCUGCCGUUUCAUUAGCGGUAUUGGUGUGGGAGGUUCUCUCCCAGUCAUAUUCCCAUACAUAGCAGAGUUCACACUCAACAAAUACCGCGGGACCUACAUGUCUCUCCAGUCCUUUUUCUGGACCGCAGGCCGGCUCGUUUGCGCAGGUGUGGCCUGGCUCAUCCUUCCCCUGGACACUGGAGCUUUCCACAGCUGGAGACUCUACAUCUUCCUCUCCUCUCUCCCUGCCUUCUGCGGGGCCUUGCUCUAUCUCCUACUACCAGAGAGCCCAAGAUAUCUACUAGAGCAUGGGAGGAAGGAGAAGGCUCUGAGGAACCUGAGACUGGUUCACACCAUCAACCACUUCCACAAGAGGAAGUCUCACUUCCUCAUCAAGAGCAUCCGCGUGGAUGCCGUCCAUGCUGACGAGGUGGGUGUGGUCAAGACCGGAGGAUCCCUCUCGCAGCGGUGGACUAGGUUCAAAGGUCACGUGAGACAGCUGAUGUCUCACACACGAGAGCUGUACAGUCGGACAUACUGCAGACGAACUAUUCUCAUGAGCACCAUCUUGUUUACUCUCUCUUUUGGGUCGUAUGGAGUGCUACUGUGGUAUCCAUCAUAUGUGGAACAGGUCACUAAUGCCGACAAGAGGUCAGAGUUCUCGAGAUUCUGUCACCGCUCGACUCCAGAGAACGUCUCUCUAUAUGACUACUGCGGCUGUGACGGAGCUUCUUUCUCUGACCAACAUUUCUCCAACACUCGCUUUGCAAAUUUUCAACUCAAUCUCGCCGACUUUCACAACGUGCGGUUUACCAACGUCACUUUCACUGAAUCACUGUUGGAGAGUUGCAACUUUACAAACUGCACGAUGGAGAAUGUGGUGUUUGGAGAGGGGACACAGAUGGUUCGUGUUGGAUGGUACGCCACGGAUUUCGUUGGUGUUAAUGUCACAGGGCUGAGUUCUUGCGAGGGGGAGGUGAUUGGCAGAGGAGGAGGGGAGGUGGGGAGUGGUGAGUUUGGGGAGUUGGUGAGGGUGCUGGAGGGAGGGAAUGCCACUAGCUGUGAGGGUGUGAGGCAGGUGGAGUGUGAGGGGGAGGAGUCGGGGUCGGUGUAUCGGGAUCUGUUUUUCGUGGCUGCAUCGGCGAGUGUUGGGAACAUUGCCUCUGCCAUUGGUGUGUACUUCAUGAGGAGGAACUACUGGAUGGCUAUCAGUAUGUUUGCCAGCACGGCCUCAGUCUUCCUCCUGUACGUGGCCCACACUGAGGUGUUUGUGGUGGUGGUUCUCUGCCUCUUCACUGCCCUCUCCACCCCAGCCUGGAACGAUACCAGUCUCCUCAACAGCGAUCUCUACCCAACACACCUCAGGUCCUCGUCACAGGGGAUGCACCUGUUAUUUGCCAGAAUAGGAGCCAUCCUCGGAACCAAUGUCUUUGGUGUCUUCAUCCACCUCAACCCAGCAGUCCCCAUCCUCCUGACGGCCUGUCUCCUGCUAGUCGGCAGUCUCGCUGCCCUCCCCCUCCCCAAGACUACCAGGAAAACCAUUCUCAAGUAGUUUAGAAAAUCACACAUUCCCUCAUCCAUCUCAUUUUACUGUCAUAAUUAUUUUCAUCAUUUUUUUUUACUGUCAGCCCCACCAAUGCUGUGCGGAGCAAGCAUAAGGUGUGCCCCACUUGGAGGUUAUCUCAUUUCCCAGUUACAGUGUAUUUACUGAGGAUGGCUCCGAUUCUGGGUGCCAUGACUCUCUCUUUCCUCCCGCAUCACCCACG